AUGGAAGACGAUUCUGAGUUCUUGUUAUAAUAAGAAAGUCAUGAGGAAGAUGAAAUAAAAGGUUUCUAUCUCAAUAAUAAUUGUCAAGAAAAUACAUAAUUUUCUUUAAAAUGA